CUCAUUGGUGCAGCAAGUCAGGGCGAAGAAUCAACGAUUCCUAGCUUACCUUUCGCCACCAAUAAAGUGUUAUUAAUUUUAUUACAGCGGACUUGGGUUGCAAAAAUAUUUCAGCGGAAGGUGCAUGGGCUGUGUUGCUGCUGUGGCGGGGGUUUGGUCUGACCUGGCUGGGGUUUAUAGUUUCCAAAAGUGAUGCUGCUGGGUGUGGAAUCUGCUCAUUUCCUGGUUGAGUCGCCGGCUAAAGGAAGGAGGAAGAGGAAAGGGGGGGAAGUUAAAUCAUGGAAGGGAAUAGGGACGAGGCGGAGAAGUGUUUGCAGAUAGCCAGGAGAGCAUUGCAGGCAGGGGAGCUGGACAAGGCGCUCAAGUUCCUGCACAAGGCGGAGAAGCUGUACCCUUCUGUCGAGGCGAAAGCAUUAAUAGACGCGAUCACGGCGAAUGGGAGUGCGGCUGGUGCUGGGCAUCACUCUGAAUCGGGUAAACCAUACCAGCGGAAGCCUGCAAGCAGUAGGGCAGAAAAUGGGACCACGCCAGAGAAGGAGAACAAAACUGAUUCAGCAAAGGUCUACACGAAAGAGCAGCUGGAAGGAGUCCAGAGGAUAAAGAGAUGUAAAGAUUACUACGAGAUUCUGGGGACCAGUAAAGAUGCCUCUGAUGAGGAUCUAAAGAAGGCUUACAGAAAACUGGCACUGAAAUUUCACCCGGAUAAAAACCAUGCACCCGGAGCAACUGAAGCCUUUAAAGCAAUUGGAAAUGCCUAUGCUGUACUCAGCAACCCAGCGAAACGAAGGGACUAUGAUCAAUAUGGUGAUAGCCAUUCCCCCGGGAACUAUCAACACGGAGGCUUUGAAUUUCAUCGGAAUUAUGAAUCGGACAUUACUCCAGAAGAUCUGUUUAACAUGUUCUUUGGAGGAGGAUUCCCCACAGGAAAUGCACAGCCAUACACCAAUGGAAGAGCAAGAGCGUCUCAUCAAUCGUAUCACAGAGCUGAGAGAGAGGAGGAGAGAGCUGAUGGAGGAUUUUCAAUGUUUAUACAAUUGUUACCCAUUAUUGUCUUGGUCCUGGUGUCAGUUUUAAGCCAGUUGAUGGUAUCCACGCCACCGUACAGUCUCUACUACAGAGCUGCUGUGGAACACACUGUCAGGAGGCAAACCAGUAACUUGAAAGUAGUAUACUAUGUCAACAAAGACUUUGACAAAGAAUUCACAGGUGUGACGUUACAAAAGGUAGAAAAGAGCGUUGAAGAAGAUUAUAUAAACAACCUUCGAAAUAACUGCUGGAAAGAAAGACAGGAGAAAAAUGACUACCUUUAUGCGUCGAAGGUAUACCGAGAUGACAGACUUCGGAAGAAAGCUGAGCUGAUGCGGAUGGAAAGUUGUGAAAAGCUGGCAAGACUUAACGAUCUGUAUCGAGGAGGCUGAGGUGGUCGGCCAGGUUUUUGCCUUUAAGUUAAAUGUUUUGUUGUACAGAGAGACACUUUGAUCUAUCAGCAUUUUAAAAUAGAUGAAAAAUCGAAGUCUUGUAACCGAGUCUUACCUUGAGAAUCCUCAGCUGUCACCCUGUUUGAGUGUUUACACAGGCACCUGAUUGAUUGUAGCCAAUGUGCUCUGCAAUGGCUGGUGUGUGUGUGUUUCAUAUCCCUUCACUUUAUUGUAUACAAUAGUGUAUCCUAGAUUAGCUUUUUAAAAAAGCACAUUAUCCAAUCUAAUACGAUUAAUGUCAGUUGUAACAAAGUUUCAUGACUAAAGGCCGUCAAGUUUUUUUUAUUUGAAGUUGCCUUGUCUGUGUUGAAGUUCACUGCAGUUCCAAUGGCCCACGUUGGAACAUGCACACACAGACUGAGCAAAUGAUCCCAGUCCUUAGUUGCUUGUCCGUAGUUUGAAGAGACUUCCCUGCUAGUGUGUCUCAUUCAAAGUUUUGUACUUUUUAAGAUAUUAAUUAGCUAUUUCAAAAUGACUCCAUACAAUUCCAGUACUUCGUUAACAGUGAGAUGAGUUUUAAUAUCUUGAAAUUUUAGAAACAUUCCCUUUUUUUUGUUCUAAAGAAUUGUUUUGGCAAAAUAUAUUCACUGACAUUAUCAUUUCCUACUAACUGAAUAAGGUAAGCAAUAGUGAUAUAUUGACAUAUUCCUUAUAUUAAGGAUCAUGUGAAAGUUCUUGGGAUCAUUGUCCACUGUUGCAUGUAUAGCAGUAUAAAUGACUUGAUUUCUGUGAAUAUUGUAUAGUUGUGUUGUAAUUCUUAAGAGCGGCAUUUAUUUGUACUGUUUUAAAAAGAUAUAAUGACAAUGUACAUACGGUUUCAAAGAAAUUCCAUGUGAAGACUGAAGAUUUGAAUAUUGUGAUCUCUAUUGUGGGAGACUCAGAUCGAUGAGGGUAGAAUAGAAAAGCUCACCUUGCAUAAUCCUUUCAAGUCAUUAGGGUGAAGGGAACAUGAAGCUGAUUCACAUGGUGAAGAAUUAUAGUGAGUUCAUCUUUUUCUCACGCGUCCAGUAUCAAACUAACCCAUCUGAUAUUCAAUGAGAUGGCGUCAAUAUUUAAUUUUACAUCCCGGAAUGUCCAAUCAAUACUAUCACAGGUACUUUAAUUCUGAAGAUAAAUCCCACUUGAAGGUGCUAAUGGUACACCCUGCUAAAAAUUGAGAAUAUAUAAACUCCUCAGAGCUUGACUCUGUGUUUCUUCUAGCACCAUACUGAAGUCAAUAAAAAUGGUUUAGUUUCUAUUGUAAAUUUGAAUUGCUGAUUGUAACAUAAAUAUAUUUAAUGUAUCCUUGUCUUAACCUACAUCAAAUAAAAGCUAUUUUAAAGCGUG